CCUGCUGGAGACACUGGUUUGAAUGAAGCUUCCAGGUCUGUAUGUUUUGUGGAGAGGUCAACGCUUGCCCAGCACUGAAAUUGUCUUAUCACUCCUUGCCUCAGUCCCGCUCUCAGAGUGGAAGGCUAAGACGGGCGCAUUCUGGGUGCCCGGAACGUUCAGUUCCAAGCUCAUGAGCACAAGAUCAGGGCAGCUGUCCUGAAUCCGACACAUACAGCCCCGUUCUUCUCUCUCUAAAGUUGCUUUCUCCGUCUCAUGAUCACCCCCCACACCUUCGCUCUUCCAUAACAUGGCCAAAAAGGCGCGCCAGAGGAUAAGCUAUGUCCUUGAACUGCCCAACUCCUCGCCAGGCGGCCAUCGUUUGGGGGUUAACGGCCUGGCCAUUGAUCGUGACAAUGCGAUCCUCUACUCUGGCGGCCGAGAUGGCGUCAUCUGCGCCUGGGAUUUGAACCGACGCAUGACCCCCGGCGGUCACUCGGCCGUCGUCGACACCUCUCAAGCCAACGGUAAGCCACCAAAGUCCAUCACGCGGUUCCGUGCCCAGACGCAAGCCCACACGCACUGGAUCAACGACAUUGCUCUCGCCCAGCAGCACACAGCCCUCGUGUCGGCUUCGGCAGACCUCCAGGUCAAGGUCUGGCGUCCCCUGGCCAGCGACAUCAAGGAACCAGUCACCAUUGGCCAGCACGCCGACUACGUGAAAUGCCUUGCGACGCCGAGCCAGUCCACCAACUGGGUAGCUUCCGGCGGCCUCGACCGCAAGAUCUACCUGUGGGACCUCUCCGGCGCCGGCAAGACGCUCGAGAUCGACGUCCAAGGCGAGGAGGUCUCCCAGAAAGGAAGCGUGUACGCGCUCGGCGCCACACACGACAUCCUCGCCAACGGCGGACCCGAGAGCAUUGUCCGGCUGUGGGACCUCAAGUCGGGCCAGCGCAUCACCAAAUUCGUCGGCCACACCGACAUGAUCCGGGCCGUCUUGAUCAGCGAGUCUGGCGACAUGGUGCUGUCGGCGAGUGCCGACCAGACGGUCAAGGUCUGGAGCGUGACCGCCGGCCGCUGCAUGCACACCCUGACGAUGCACGACCAUAGUGUGUGGGCCCUGUUCUCGGAUGACCCGGGCCUCAAUAUCUUUUACAGUAGCGACCGCUCCGGCUUGGUGGUCAAGACGGACGUCCGGGAGACCAAAGGUGAUCUGGACAAUGGCUUGUCGUUGGCAAUUGCCAAGGAGAAUGACGGGGUGAGCAAGAUCGUGGCUUGGGACGACAGCAUAUGGACGGCCACGGCUCGGGCCUCGAUCAAUCGCUGGAAGGACGCGGACACCAGCAACGGGACGCUGCUCCCGGAAACCUACAAGCAGCACCGCGCGUCGAUCGCGACGAUGCGGAGCAAGGAGGCCGCAGCCCCGGCAGCUGGCGCUGGCGAUGGUGCGAAGCAGACGAUCCCUGCUAAAUCUAUCCUUCGGAUAUCGAAUACCGCAUCCUUCCCGCUGGCCAUUGGCCGGGACAGCGAGGACCCCAUUCCGAGCUUGGUGCGGAAGGGGUCGGAGUUCGCUGAGCCUGUGGUUAGCAUUGUUGAGCCGGUCCAUCACCUGCCUGAAGAGACGAUUGAAGGACACUUCGGACUGGUCAAACACAAGCUGAUGAAUGACCGGAGAAGGGUCCUCACGUUGGAUACUGCUGGUGAUGUCCUGAUGUGGGAUCUGAUUCAAUGCCGCCCCAUCCAGAGGUUUGGGAAGCGACAUCUCGAAGACGUGGAACCAGAGGUCAAUACCCGGGAGGCCGUGGCACCCUGGUGUUCGAUUGACAUCAGUUCAGGGAACCUGACUGUCGUGCUGGAGCCGUACAAUUGCUUCGAUGCCGAGAUGUACGCGGAUGAGCUUGUCUUGGAGGAGCCUGUGGAGUUCAGGGAGGACCAGAGAAUCAACCUCGGGAAAUGGAUACUGAGAUACUUAUUUGCCAACCUCAUCGACGAGGAGAUUCGACGUGACGAGGCGUUCAGACAGAAACUGAACGAAGGCGCAGCGAAGAGGAUAGCGGCUGGACAAGCAGCGCCCCCACUGGCGAUCGCCAUCCCUCCGCGUCCUGGCUGGGCCUCGGGAGACCUGUCCCCCGCGACCCCUCGAGCUGGCGGAUUGCAAUAUCCGCCCAUGACGCCAGGGCUGGGGAUAGGGUUGGCGACUCCUGGCUCGCCGGUGCCACCAGUGCCCGAAGGGGUUGUGGGCAGUCUCAGUCCGCUCGACAGGCGGGCAUCGCAGGUCAGCCGGCCGUCACAGGAAAGGGAGGACUACUUCUCAGACGCAAUACAGAGCCCUGACGGCGCUCAAAAGCCGGUCCAGACGCCCGUCACCGAGGCACCUCCCACUGCAGAGACACCAGCAAAGACUCCCGGGGAGACCGGCAAGGAUGCCAAGGACAAGGACAAGGAUAAGGAAAACGGCAAGGCGCCUGCCACCACGUUUGGCAAGAAGUUCCGCAUGAACAUGUCCUUUGGCACGAAGAAGCUAGGCCGGUCUCUGUCGACGGCGACGACCGAGAAGCCCCCCGUCCUGGAUGAGAAGGCGGAAGAGUCGGAGUCGUCGUCCAACCACGAGAAGGAGUUCGACGACAGCUUUCUCGGCGUGGUUCAGAAGAUCCGUAACGAGUACGAAAAGCAGCACUCGGACAACCCCGACCAGUUGGUCGAGACCAGGCUGACACCCAGCCUGGCCAACGACACACCCGUGCUGAAGCUGCCGGCCGGCACCAAGGUCAUCAUUCAGGAAGAGACGUCUGGUGGCUCGGCCGAGAUCUACCGCGGCACGGUGGCGUCGGUGGGCGCCGACGCCGACGUCAUCGAGGAGCGCGGGCCGCAGUGGCUCGGCGAGGUGCUGCUGUUCAACGCGCUGCCACCCAAAGACCCUGCCAAGAUCUCGUUUUUCUUGUACCCUUGGAAGGACACGCUGCCGCCGGUUGCGUCGGCCGACGGCAAUAGCCGGCUGAAUGCCAACCGCAUGCUGCGGGUCAAGAAGAUCCUGGCGUAUGUCGCCGAGCGGAUUGACCCGGUGCCCGAGGGCGAGGAGCCGGCGCCGGAUGCGCUGAAGCCGGAGGAGUAUCUGGAACUGUAUUGCAAUGAUCAGCUUCUGCCGAACAAGAUGACUCUGAACACACUCCGGACGCAUGUCUGGCGGGGCGGGGCCGACAUCGUCUUGCACUACAAGGCCAACGGCAGGAAGGAGAUCCCGAUGCCACCUCCUGCGGAGGCAGAUGAGGCUGACAAGUCGGAAGCGGCCGCACCGCCUCCAUAGUGUGGAGUGAUAUGAGCCGCGGAGGACCGGCGGCGGUCAGCUUCUCGGGAUCCAUCGGCGUUACAAUGGCGCGCCAUUUUCGCUUGUCAGUCGGGUAUAUUUGUUCUUAGCUACUGUACAUAUGUCAGCUUACAUGGUUCCUGGCGGCCCCGCCUGUAGUGUAUCGGUAGACGUCUUCUAUCAGACCAUUGUUCACC